CUUUUAAACUUCAGAGCGCUGAUCUUUAACUGUAGCAGACAGAUGCUUCCCUGUUGUAUUCAUGUACUACACAGUUACAUUUUAUCGUGUGAAUAUAAUUUGAAACUUCACACUGAUUUGGAAACGUUGUCUGAAGACUCAGCACAAUUGCUGGCAUGCAGAAUGCGAACCCAAUAGAGGAGGUGGGAGGCGACACAUCCUGUGAUGUGCCCUGUCUCCAGAAACUUGACUCCCCAACAGGGAGCCCUCCCAAACAAGCCUCUCUUGCCGAUAUGAUUGAGUUUGAGAAUUGUGUUUCCAAUCUCAGCCUUGCACAUGAGAUAGUGAUGAACAGAGACUUCAGCUUCACACAGAACAGCCCACCCAAAGACAGCUUGCAAGGCAGAAUAUCUGACAUAGUUCACAGUGCUUUCUGGGACUGUCUUCGUGAGCAGCUUUCAUGCAGCCCUCCAGACUAUGUCCAUGCUGUCAUUCUGCUCCAAGAGGUGAAAACUACCGUGCUGUCCCUGCUCCUGCCUGGCCACGUGCGUCUGAAGGCCCAGGUGGAGGAGGUUCUGGACCUGGAGCUGAUCCAGCAGCAGGCAGAUCACGGGGCCCUGGACCUGCAAAGAUUGUCAGGCUACAUCAUCAAUACCAUGGCCUCCCUGUGUGCCCCUGUACGGGACCCAGAGAUCAAGACACUACGGGAUCUUUCGGACCCAGUGGAGCUCUUCAGGGAGAUCUUCAGAGUCCUUGGCCUGAUGAAGACAGACAUGGUCAACUUCACUGUACAGAGCCUCAGACCUAAUCUUCUUCAGCAGGCGGUCCAAUACGAGCAGGCCAAGUUCCAGGAGAUCCUGGAGAAGCAGCCUGAGUUCCUGGACAAGACCACCGUUUGGCUUCAGGUGGCAGCACGAGAGGAGGCAUUGGUCAGUGCUCAGUCUGACCUUGACACUGGGACUCCCAAGCCACGUGGUCCAUUAAGUCCGACUGCCGUCCUGAACAGGGCUUACCUGCAACUGCUGAGCUGGGACCCCCAUGACCAGAACUACCCUGAGACAGUUCUGAUGGACAGAGCCCGCAUAGAUGCACUGGGGCAGAGGCUGAGUCUGCUGGUUCUUGAGGCAUCAGUUCUGCUGUUGACUAGCACACAGUGUGGGGCCGCUGUUUUCUCUCUACAGGGGUUUGUAGGUAAACUCAAGCAGACCAUCACUGCCCUGCUGGAGGGCAGUCACAAUAGGGACUUUGACCUGCAGGGGGCGUUGCUGGGGCUGAGGGAGCAGGUGCUGGUGCAGGUGAAGGAGGCUCUGAUCACCCAGGAAGGACCAGCACUGCCUCAGGACAGUGAAGAUUUGCUUAAGGGACAGAUCUCAGACCUGGCCAAGGACAACAACCCCAUCCACACUCUCAUAGGAGAAAGAGUGCAAGGCUACCUCCAGGCCAUGCUAGAGGGAGGCCCCACUAAAAAGAGUCCGUCCAUGCCCCCUGCCCUGAGGCUGCUGAGUGCUGAGGUGGCAGAACUGGGAAUGGCCUUUGGGCGAAUAGUCCAUUUCAACCGCUCAGUUUUCGGCCCCUUCUACGUCCCCAUCCUAAGGAAGAAGCUGUUUCUGUCGGGAGAGGCCGAGAUGGGAGAGGACUCCCGCUAGUCCCCCGAACACCUCCGGUCCCCUGCAUAAGCUGCCAUUCAACAUUUACACAAUGUAGAGCAGGGUUCCCAAACUGGUGACCCGCGGGCCAAAUCUGGCACGCCAACAAUAUUAUUUGGCUCACCCAAAGACCCCCAAAUUCAAUUUAAAUAUGUAUAUAUAUAUAUAAAAAUUAAAAAAAUGUAUACAAAUCUCAAAACCCCCCAAAUGCAAUGUCCCAAGAAGGAAGUUACCCUACCUAAGUAAUGCAAAAGUUAAGUUAACUUCAUUCAUGAGGAGAGAGAAUGCAGGAGACAGUCAACUAAUAAAGCUGGCAACGGACCAUUUUGUGGUGCUGAAACCUAAAGCUGCAACCACAGCAAAAUCAAUAGGAGGUGAACAGCAGCUGGUGCUGAAAAUAUAGAUAACCUGUUAUACAAGUGUUGCACAGCGACAGAUGGAGAAAACCUACACCAGUCGAGUAAUUCAUUUCAACAAUAAUCUUCGUUUUAAUUUGACUUUACAAACAAGAAGAGGGCUUAAUUGUCUUCUGAGCCUAGGCCUACAUAAAAUAACAGCUGGCUGUGGUAUGCCAUAAGGCUUAACAGUAUCUUUCACAAGAAAAAAUAUAUGGCCUAAUAGAAGUGGGAUUAAAAAAAAAAAAAAUUACAAGGUCUCCUUACAAUUGCAACUGGCCAAAAAUGGAGCAUCCUAGAUUAAACAAUAAUUUAAAGGAAAAAAGGUGAAUGUCUAUCAGGACAGCCUGCUCCUAUAACGACAGAACAAACAGAUAAUACUGUCAGCUUGAGACCUAAAUAUCCCUGGAUAAGCACACAAUAAUGUUAGUAUUUACUAAGUACAGUCAUAUAGGCCACUAAGUUACUCACUCAAUGGGAAAUGUUGCAUUUCCCCUCGAUCUUAUGGAUGUCACGUGAGAUGGAUGUGAUUUUGAUGCGCAGGCAGUCAACAAUUGUCUUGUGUGAAAGCCGGUUCCUGUCCUGAGUCUAUAUUGCGUUCAUAGAGGAAAAUGAGGACUCGCAGGAUUAAGUCGAUCCAAACAUUGUUAGCACAUGAAAUGCACGUUUCUUUAUUCGCUGUAUUCCUGAGCAUGCCACCCAAAACGCACACAAGGACUCGGUACCCCUGAGCGCAUCCCUGAUUUGGCUUGAUGUCUGUAAUUCAAUCAGCUCAGUUUGAAUUGCGGCCUAAUUUUUAAAAUUUUAACUUUAUUUAACUAGGCAAGUCAGUUAAGAACAAAUUCUUAUUUACAAUGAUGGCCUACCCAUACCAAACCCGGACGACGCUGGGCCAAUUGUGCGCCACCCUAUGGGGCUUCUAAUCACGGCCGGAUGUGAUUCAGCCUGGAUUCGAACCAGGGACUGUAGACGCCUCUUGCACCGAGAUGCAGUGCCUUAGACUGCAGCUCCACUCGGGAGCCCAAUCCAGCGAGGGUAUCGUUUUCUUAGCAAGGGAGGAGUGUUCUCCACCUGGGCAGACUGUGAGAGGAGCACGUACAAACGCAAUGAUAUCCAUGGGCAUUCUGUAGUCUUCAAAUCUGGUGGAGGAGUUGUCAGCCAAAGAAGCAGUUUAUGUAGCUUGCAGUUAACGCUUAAAUGUUUCUGCGUAGGGCCUCUGUCUCAGGCGGGAAGACCACCUUGAAAGUUCCAUGCUUAGAUUCAUAAUAACGUAUGAGAUUAAAUGAUUUGCAAACAGCAACAUUUUAAUUUAAAAUAAGACACACUGGCUUGGCAUUGGGAAAAUAUGGUAAGAUGAAUGCAAUCUCUUUGUACAUUUUCCCUGAUACUUAUUGAGAGCGACAUUUUCUCUUGCUAUCAAGCCAAUUGUUCAGAACGAAUGUUGAUGUUAAAAAGUAUUAGUUAGUGUAGGCUACAGUAAACCUGUUUUUCCCCACCAAUCAACACACAGUGAAAUAGACAAAAAUAAUAACUGAAUAGAGACAUGGUGAUUUUGUGAACGUAAUCAGAUCAAAAUUAUUGUUAUUGUCACAGAAUGUAUUAUGUAGUGAUCAGAUGUGUUAAAAAUGUUGUUCAAUUUGUAGUGUAGGCCAAUUAAUUGUGCUAUUAUUAUAUACUAAUUUGGUUCUGGCCCGCUGACUAUUAGCUCAGAGACAAAUUGGGCCAAGGGCCAAACUUAGUUGACGAACCCUGAUGUAGAGUGUUUAUACUGUAUAUUUAGAUUUUAGAAUAUACACUGCUCAAAAAAAUAAAGGGAACACUUAAACAACACAAU